AUGUUUUCUAGGUCAAAGAAUUCUGGUUUACAGAAUUCUAAAAAGCUCCAUUCUGUUGAAUAUUUAAAAUAUCUUUAUAAUGUCUUACUAAAGAAUUAUGAUUCCUCAGACUGCCGCGUUGAUGAUGUAGUAGAAAGCCUUCGACUUUUCUCCGAAAUAAUUGUUUGGGGAGAUCAAAACGAUGGAUCCAUUAUGGAUUACUUAAAUCACCGGAAAAAAGAUCGUCGCAUUUGCACUCAACUGCUGCAAUCGCUUAAUAUUCUCUUUGAGAAUCUUACUAACAACUAUCUUCUUUCUCAGAACCAUACGAAUAAUAUUAUCCUGCAUGAGUUUGACUUCUCUGAUGAGGAGAUUGUUGGAUACUAUAUCGCUUUUCUUAAGUCCCUUUCCUUUCGUGUAAAUGAAGAUACCAUACAUUUCUUUUAUGAUGAGACGACUUCCAAUUUUCCGCUUUAUCAGAAGGCUUUGGAGCUCUUUGAUCAUGCGGAAAAUAUGGUCAGAAUCGCUGUGAGAACUAUUACUCUUAAUAUUUUUAAAGCCCGUAUCGAAGACUUGGUUGCAGAGACAGGUGACCAUCUACACUACAUCGAUGAUAUCUUCGCCCUUGGAGUGGUUGAUCUCACCAAUGUGUUAUGCCUAGUCCUUUUGCGGCGUCUCUUUCUACCCGUCUAUGUGUAUUCUCUCAAUAAACGCCAUCAUCAAAAGGUCAGUCUAUCAAUGUUGUUCUAUGGACUUGGUAAUGAUUAA